CAUUUCACUCUUUAACUUAUUGCACUGGUUCAGUAGUACAGCGGAAAAGAACAGAUUUACAAACUACCAGAGAUAAAUAUGCUGCGUUCGGAAACAUCACUCGAGUACUCUCCCUCUCUUUUUAUCUCACUAUUGUAUUUCGCUCACUCCAACGACUAUCGUCUAGUAGUAUGCACACAGUGUGUUUCCGAACGCAGCCAUAGUGAGAGGGCUACUGAGAAAGGUCUGCAACCAGAGAGAGAGAGAGAGAGAGAAAGAGUUACUCCUGUGAACCUUUAAUUAACCCGCAUGUCAUUUUCCGUGAGAGUGCUUUGCUAAUAUAAACAAAAUGGUUUAAGACUGCCGCGAAAAUCGCACCCUUUGUCUAUUGGGUUAUUGAGCGUCCAUCGUCAUGUGGAAGUGUCAUAAAUGCGGCAAACCCGUUUAUUUCGCUGAACGUAAACAGUCAUUGGGAUAUGAUUGGCACCCAGAAUGUUUGCGAUGUGAGGAAUGUGGAAAGCGUUUGAAUCCUGGACAGCAUGCAGAGCAUAAAGGAGUGCCCUACUGUCAUGUUCCUUGUUAUGGAGCACUUUUUGGACCUCAACUAUUCGGUCACGGUACAAGAGUGGAAUCACAUACCAGUUUUGGGAAAAAGGAAAGUCGACCAUCAUUACCAAGAUCCCACUUGGAAUCAAAGCUGAAAGUUUUUAAUCAGUAUUAUGAAGGCAAAAGUGGAGGAAUUCGAAGUCGUGAGGUCAAUGGAAGAUUGAUAUUGGAAGGUGCAUUAAGAAUAUAUUGGGGAGUUCGUGGAGUGAUUCAUCUGAAAGAAGAUGACGAUCAACGUACAGUAGUUACAGCGCGAAACAGAAAUUCAUGUAGGCACAGUGUUUCUGAGGAUAUCGAAGACGAGGAUAAAAUAGACGAACUAUCUAAGAAUCCAUCAGACAGCAAUAUGGAGAAUAAUGCGAAGUCCAUUCCAACCUCUCCUGAUCACCUAAAAAGUCUCACUCUGCCUAUGAAACUGGAUGUCAAAACUAUGGAAUGGGAUGAACUGGACGAAUUGCUACAGGUCGAACGUAAGAUCGAAGACGGAAACAAAUUAUAUCAAACAAUGCCCGAGAAUCUCCCGUCGAUAAGUUCGCAGUCCAGCGUGGAUACGCCGCCGCUUUCAUCUCAGUCCAGCCUCGAUCGAUCUGAUUCUCGUGAGAAUUCGGACACGAGCAGUCCAAAUCACCAAACAACCAGUCGGGAUAAUGACAGCAGUAUAAACAGCACGCCGACACAUAGUAUAGGUAGUUCUUCCAGCACAGACACGCCUGUCAAUUUGGGAGCUUCUAAUCGGAAUGGUACACUUCGAAGAGUAGAGUACUUCGACAACUUAGAAAAGAGCAAUGCCGUUAGUGACAGUAGAUCUAUCGACACGGACGACAGUUGGAUCGAGAAGGGCUUGAACCGAUCUCUAUCAGGUCCCGACUGUCUUCAGAGACACAGAACAGACAGCGACACAGAUUCGGUAAACUCUUUACAAUUCAAAGAGGAUGACAAUAUGACUAUGUCUACGGACAGCGGACUAGAGCUGGAUGGUGUCGUUUUGCGUCGUAAGCAAGGUUCUACCGCAAUCAGACGACGUCCAGGUGGUAAACGUCAGUCCCGCAGUCGGCUAAGACGUCGUUGCUCGAUCAAUGGUCACUUUUAUAAUCGAGAGACCAGUUUUUUUACGCCACCUCACGGCUCACAGAUGUCCGUCUGGGUGACAAGCCUAGUAAAUACUCAAGAAGUCAUCAAUCUUAUGCUGGACAAAUACAAGGUCGACGCCAAGUCCGACAAUUUUGCAUUAUUCGUGGUGCGCGACAAUGGUGAGCAAAGGAGGUUAAGAGACGACGAAUAUCCUUUAGAAGUCAGAGUAAUCUUGGGUCCGCACGAAAACGUUGCGCGACUGUUCCUGGUCGACAAGUUAUCCACACCUGAGAUCAGCUCCGACGUCGCACAGUUUCUCAAUCUGUCUCUGGCGGAAUGCCACGGCAUACUACAACGCUAUCACUACGAGGAGGAACGUCAAAUUGUUCUCUUGAGAGAAAAAUAUAAAGAAAUGCGAAGAAGAAUAAAACAAAGAAUGGAGGAGCUGAAGGUCCGUUUGUAAGUAGAGUUUUGAGUAAACGUAUGGAUGUCUACGCAAUUAUUUUUAUAUCGAUGGAACAUUCAAGAGCGUUCAUUGUAAGAUAUUUAUAUGACAAAAAUCUACAACGCGUACCGACACAUGGGUACGUAUGACAGGUCUGCGAAAUACGCUAUACGAUUUAAGACAUUUUUGCAAAUGACGAAACGAAAAAGUAUAUUCGAAUAUUGUCUAAUAUCGUACACGCCUGAUUUUAGCUUAAUUUGUAGCUUGAUGCUUCGUUAUUCAUCUACCUGUAUUCGUUUGGAGUCUGUUGCAUUUAUCUGUAGCCGUAAUACAGAAAUGCUAUUAAUUAAUAUACUUUAAUCGGAUGAGGAGAUUGAAUCUCUAUAAUGUAGUGAUUCUGUGAAUUUAUUUCCAUUUAUCAAGUCGGAGAUAAUAUGUGAUGCGUUUAACAGGAAGUGCGUUAUUUUUAUGGUUCCUUUCCGAACGAUUAAAAUUAACGAGAAACGAAAAUAUAUCUUCAAUUUGUCUCGCAACAGACGACUAAAGAUUUGAAUUAUGUUAGUAUGAAGUAAUUAUUGUUCGUAAAACUAUAUAACGAUGGAGAAUUAUUCAGUAUCUUGAUGAAUGUUGUUCAUAAUCGCUCGUACUCACGACGAAUAGAAUGUUGUGUUUUAUUGCAAUUUUUCAGCAUUCCGAUAUCUCGACGAAGUGAUAAAAAAAAAAGUAAUGAGAAGGUAUUUUUCUAUCGGCUUUUUAGAGAGGAUCCUUUUUAUCGAACAAAAAGUCAUUUCUAUCGAAUAGAGAUCGACGAUAAUAACUGUUACGAGUUUAAAAGUCUUCUAUCCUUUGCAUGUCAACGUGGCCCAGAUAAGUGGACAUACGCAUAGUCCGUGCAUAAUUGUUGUCAGAUAUUCUGAUACCGCAAUCCGAGACUAUUGUUGCGCGAAACAAAUUGCAGGAUAAAACAAAAUGCCGCCGAUGCAGCAGCAAUUAAUCGCCGGAACAUCGUAACACGUCGCAUCCACGGAAUCGCCGUUUCAAGCUAGUCAUGUUUCACGCUUAGUCACUGAUAUCGAUUGUCCAUCGCAUUUUCAACUGGAGGCCAAAAGCGACAUACACUGAGCCACGUUUACGUACAUUAUGAAAUAUAUGUAUAUGUAUACGCUUUCGAUCUGCCAGUUUAGAACAAUAAAUAAGCGGCACGUCACGGCGUAAUAAAGAUAUAUCGAUAUCGCAGAUAUUUAGAAUAUAUGUAUAUUCUAUGUAUAUUCUAUGUAUAUAUAUAUAUAUAUAUAUAUAUAUAUAUAUAUAUAUAUAUGUGCAGAGCAACCCAAAAUUCACGCCCACACGGAGUGCACUGUGCGAUAUUCUAUACCAGAAUACGCAACUUUCUCUCCUGAUAAAAUUGCGUUCGAACGAGAAUGUUUAAAUGAGAACAAGUUAAAGUUUAUGCAUAAGCGUUCUUGUGUUUGUUACGUUUGAAUUAGAGACAGUGCGUGCUUUGUGCUAUCGACAUUAAAAGUCAUUGGACGUAUAAUCUAUCUUUUAUUCUUAUUUUAUCAAAUAUUUUAUAAAGACUUUAUACAGAUUUUAUAAAGAUUAUAUAAAUGUAAUAAAAACAAAAAAAUAUAUAUUAAAAAAAAAUAUAUAUUAACAAAAA